AUGGCAGUUUUUCAACAGCAGCCCGCGGAGAAUGGCGGCCAUGCACGCCGUGGAAGAAACACCCCUAUUUUUGUCGGCAACUCUGAUGCUGCUCUUCACCAUCAGGGAGCAACUGGUACUCCCGCUCAUUUGCAGGAAGAUGGCCUUGGCGGCCUCAUGACCCAAUUCCGCGCAAUGGGACUCGCCAAUGGCAACAUGGCUCCUGCUGGUCCGGCCAUGCAUGGCAUCAAUCCCGGCACCUUUGUCACUGGUGCUGACGGCAGCAUUCUUUUUGCUGCACCGUAUGCUGGCCCGCUUCACCCAAUUCUUGCUGAGCAUCAUGCAUAUGGGACGGCUGCAUACCCCAUCCAAUAUUCCGCCGGCGGGUACCCUGCUGCAUAUGCCACGGGCUCAAUGAUUCCCCUCACUCCGGGACGUCCAAUGGCCUAUGGUGAUCGUGUCCCGCGCGAUCUUCCCAUCUUGGAGAAUCGCCGAAGCUCAUACUCGACCUCUGCAACCGAGUCCACUCCGACCACGCCGUAUUUUGGUCAUAUUUCUGACCGCAACGGUGGCACUCGAGUCGCGUCGCUUGAGCGGUCGUCAUUCACGACGCCAUCUCCUCGUGAUACAACCACAUAUGUUCCCGGCAAUCAGGCCAAGAUUGCCAUCGAUCCUGAAAUUGAGCGUCUGCUCGCCGUGGACCCACCAGUUCCCAAGGCGGUCCCCGCGGUUUGGACCGACCACGUCAAGCCUAUGGAACAGUGCCUUAAGAACCGCAUUCAGGAACGCUUUGGAGAGGUCGAGCAGUCGAAGGCCAUCAUUGACACAGCCACUGGUGCUUGCAAGGGAUUUGGUUUUGCCAAGUUCCGUGAUGUGAAGAAUUCCGAGAAGUGCAUUCGUGGCUUUUAUCGUCUUGGAUAUGAGGUUGGUUUUGCCAGAGAAAGUUUCAAUGCUCGCCUGAAAGCAGAGGGUGAUGAGUCUUCGACCAACCUGUAUAUCUCGAACCUGCCGAAAGACAUCAACGAAGCCAUGUUGAAUCACAUUUUCGAGCCUUUCCAUGUUGUCUCCAGCAAGAUUCUCCGCGAUUCCAUGGGAAACAGCCGUGGUGUUGGCUUUGCGCGAUUCGAUACUCGCGACAUUUGUGAGAAAGUGAUCAAGCAUUUCAACGGCAUCACAGUCGGCCAAGACCACUUCGUCAUGCAAGUCCGCUAUGCCGACACACCUUCGCAAAAAGAGCUCAAGCGAAUCACUGCCGAGCGCCGCCAAUACCGCACGAAUGAAUACAACAUUGGCGCCUAUGGCACACACGCGGUCGGGAUGAACCCUUCUAUCUACGGGCCUGCUGUAUGGAACCGCCGUCCUCAGGGAAGCACUGGACACAGACAGGAAGAAGUCAAUGACGUACACUCUGCCUCUUCCGAGGAGGGCUCGGCAGACGAGGGUGCUACAGUCAUUGAACCUUCGAUUGCAGGAUCCGAAUUUUGUGGCUCACCAAAGCCUUCUUCUGUUGAAGCAAUUGAUGUUUAA